UAAAACGCAAUUCUCACCUUCCGUUUAAUUGCAAAUUAAGUCAAUAGUGAUCAAUACUUUACGGCGACUCCCACCACACGAUACGCAAUUUUAGUUGAUCUAAUCCAAAAAAAAUCAAAAUAAACCAGUGACCGCCGCGACGCCAUAGCGAGUAUACCCGAUUAAUCACUCACCCUGUGCAGGACCCCCAACGGGUUCGAACCUGUCGAUGCCUAUACCGAAUGUUAUCACCGAUUUAAUGCGGUACAAACAAUCCUCCACGAUGAAAUCUUGCUUCUGUGUUCCCACCAAAGUUGCUGUGAUCGCUAUUGGAGUCGGCAGUCUUAUAAUUUUCACAGUAUUGUCUGUGACAUCGAUUAUUAUACUCGGGCUAGAAGAAGACAAUGAAAUAUUUAUAGCCUCCACGAGAUUUAAGGUUAUUUUUAUAAACGCGAUAUUAGUGCCCGUCCUGGUGGUGUCACUUCUGGCUACAUUUUUCAGUAUCCUUCUAAUUAUCGGAAUAUUUAAGUAUUUUCCUGGUUUGGUGCUGACUUACUUCGCCUUUGGUGUUCUGAUGACGAUGCUGAUGCUGCUCGGAUCUCUAUUAUUCCUGAUACAUAACUAUUGGUACAUAGCGAUUACAUUUUUCAUCGUUUCCGCUUUCUACUUUUACUGCCUGACUGUAGUGUACACAGUGUAUGGUCUCAUACAAAGAGGAGAUUUCUGUUUUAAUUCGGAAGACCAAAUGGACGACGUGCUUUUAAUUGUAGAUUAGUUUUUAAAUUUUAUGUUUUAUCAUUGUUUUAGACUGAAACGGCCAAAUACUGUAGCGAAACUUAAAUACGUCGCUACGUA